GACCACACUUAUUACUGAUCUAAACUAUGUUUUCCUGCAGAAAUGCCACGGCCUCGAGCACGGCAAGCCACGGUUCGACCAAGGCUGCCUCGUCGAGUCCCUCGAGUCUCUCGACAGGAGCAGCGGGACGAGGCGGCCUUUUCGGCCGUGGCUAACCAGCAGCGCCUGCUCGACGCCAACGCAGGCCGCGAUACGAGAGACGAAAGGUUCCAGGGACAGAUCACGCUCGGCAUGGGGAAGGUCUUGGAGCGGCUGGACCAGCUGGCACAGAACGUGGGGCAGCUGGCGCAGCACGUGGAGCAGCAGGCGCAGAGCAUGGACCGGAUUGCAGACAACAUCCAGGAGGGGGUCCUCUCCAUGCAGCAAAACGCUGCCUUCAUGCGAGAGGUCAUCCUCCUGCUAUCCAGCCACGCUCUGCGUCAGCCUCAGCCCCAGGCCCAGCCCCAGCCCCAGCCCCAGCCCCAGCCCCAGGCCGAACCCCAGGCCGAGCCCCAGGCCCAGCACCUGGCCCAACCUCCAGAGGAUCACAACAACUAA